GAAAAACAUAGAUCAGACAUAGACUGUCGAUUUUCGAACGAAUUGUUUGUUAUCAGAGCCAGUCAAAAUUACACGCGAUUCGCCAGUCUGACGCUGAUAUCCACGAACGGUCUGCCUUUCGAAAACGAACGAAGCAGUGUAAUCGAACGUAUGAUUCCGUUCAGUGGUCGAUUCUGUCAAGAAUAUCGCCGCGUGGUUCCAACACGAACUUUCGUUAACGUGGUGUAUGGCACUGUGCUGUCGAUUGACAGGAAACAGAAAUACGUGACAGUAACGAGCCAAGGAAACGUCUCCUACGACUAUUUGAUCCUGACUUCCGGGCUGCAGUAUUACAGGCCUCAAUUUCAGCAAGAAGUACAGGCGCAACAGAGAGGGGAAUUAGUGGAGUACGAAACUCCUUGGAAUUGUUUGACGAUCAACGAUGACACGGAAGCAGCCGAUUGUCUAGAGAAGAUUCAGUUGAUUACGAACAACUUUGAAGACGAAAAGAGUAUCGUCUUUUACGGACACAGCCUGGACUGCUACUGCGCUCUUCAGGGACUGCUCGAGGCCGGAGUGAAGGCUUCUUGGAUCACGAUAAUACGACCUCCGUUACAACAUUGCGAAACCGGUGAAACCAUCUUUUUCAACGAUUGCGAAGUGAGAAUCACAGGGAAAUCAACGGUGAUCUUCCGCGAUAAAUGAAACGAGGCAAUAAUAUGUUGAAGGUAUACACGGAAACGAUGAACUCCAUUUCAAGAAGCGGUGUUACGAUGCUCGUAGGGUGGAAAUUGAUCGACUGGCGCUUGAAGAAUUCG